AUGACAUUGACGGAAGCUGGAAAUUUCCCAGCUGUUGAACCUCUGAACAAGUUCCCAGCUGUUGAACCACUGAACAAGUUCCCAGCUGUUGAACCACUGAACAAGCUCCCAGCUGUUGAACCACUGAACAAGUUCCCAGCUGUUGAACCACUAAACAAGUUCCCAGCUGUUGAACCUCUGAACAAGUUCCCAGCUGUUGAACCACUGAACAAGUUCCCAGCUGUUGAACCACUGAACAAGCUCCCAGCUGUUGAACCACUGAACAAGCUCCCAGCUGUUGAACCACUGAACAAGUUCCCAGCUGUUGAACCACUGAACAAGUUCCCAGCUGUUGAACCACUGAACAAGUUCCCAGCUGUUGAACCACUGAACAAGCUCCCAGCUGUUGAACCACUGAACAAGUUCCCAGCUGUUGAACCACUGAACAAGUUCCCAGCUGUUGAACCACUGAACAAGCUCCCAGCUGUUGAACCACUGAACAAGUUCCCAGCUGUUGAACCACUGAACAAGUUCCCAGCUGUUGAACCACUGAACAAGCUCCCAGCUGUUGAACCACUGAACAAGUUCCCAGCUGUUGAACCACUGAACAAGUUCCCAGCUGUUGAAGCACUGAACAAGUUCCCAGCUGUUGAACCACUGAACAAGUUCCCAGCUGUUGAACCACUGAACAAGUUCCCAGCUGUUGAACCACUGAACAAGCUCCCAGCUGUUGAACCACUGAACAAGUUCCCAGCUGUUGAACCACUGAACAAGUUCCCAGCUGUUGAACCACUGAACAAGUUCCCAGCUGUUGAACCACUGAACAAGUUCCCAGCUGUUGAACCACUGAACAAGUUCCCAGUUGUUGAACCACUGAACAAGUUCUCAGUUGUUGAACCACUGAACAAGCUCCCAGCUGUUGAACCACUGAACAAGCUCCCAGCUGUUGAACCACUGAACAAGCUCCCAGCUGUUGAACCACUGAACAAGCUCCCAGCUGUUGAACCACUGAACAAGUUCCCAGCUGUUGAACCACUGAACAAGUUCCCAGCUGUUGAACCACUGAACAAGUUCCCAGUUGUUGAACCACUGAACAAGUUCCCAGUUGUUGAACCACUGAACAAGCUCCCAGCUGUUGAACCACUGAACAAGCUCCCAGCUGUUGAACCACUGAACAAGCUCCCAGCUGUUGAACCACUGAACAAGCUCCCAGCUGUUGAACCACUGAACAAGCUCCCAGCUGUUGAACCACUGAACAAGUUCCCAGCUGUUGAACCACUGAACAAGCUCCCAGCUGUUGAACCACUGAACAAGCUCCCAGCUGUUGAACCACUGAACAAGCUCCCAGCUGUUGAACCACUGAACAAGCUCCCAGCUGUUGAACCACUGAACAAGUUCCCAGCUGUUGAACCACUGAACAAGUUCCCAGCUGUUGAACCACUGAACAAGUUCCCAGCUGUUGAACCACUGAACAAGUUCCCAGCUGUUGAACCACUGAACAAGUUCCCAGUUGUUGAACCACUGAACAAGUUCCCAGUUGUUGAACCACUGAACAAGUUCCCAGCUGUUGAACCACUGAACAAGUUCCCAGCUGUUGAACCACUGAACAAGUUCCCAGUUGUUGAACCACUGAACAAGUUCCCAGUUGUUGAACCACUGAACAAGCUCCCAGCUGUUGAACCACUGAACAAGCUCCCAGCUGUUGAACCACUGAACAAGCUCCCAGCUGUUGAACCACUGAACAAGCUCCCAGCUGUUGAACCACUGAACAAGCUCCCAGCUGUUGAACCACUGAACAAGUUCCCAGCUGUUGAACCACUGAACAAGCUCCCAGCUGUUGAACCACUGAACAAGCUCCCAGCUGUUGAACCACUGAACAAGCUCCCAGCUGUUGAACCACUGAACAAGUUCCCAGCUGUUGAACCACUGAACAAGUUCCCAGCUGUUGAACCACUGAACAAGUUCCCAGCUGUUGAACCACUGAACAAGUUCCCAGCUGUUGAACCACUGAACAAGUUCCCAGCUGUUGAACCACUGAACAAGUUCCCAGCUGUUGAACCACUGAACAAGUUCCCAGCUGUUGAACCACUGAACAAGUUCCCAGCUGUUGAACCACUGAACAAGUUCCCAGCUGUUGAACCACUGAACAAGUUCCCAGUUGUUGAACCACUGAACAAGCUCCCAGCUGUUGAACCACUGAACAAGUUCCCAGUUGUUGAACCACUGAACAAGCUCCCAGCUGUUGAACCACUGAACAAGUUCCCAGCUGUUGAACCACUGAACAAGUUCCCAGUUGUUGAACCACUGAACAAGUUCCCAGCUGUUGAACCACUGAACAAGUUCCCAGCUGUUGAACCUCUGAACAAGUUCCCAGUUGUUGAACCACUGAACAAGUUCCCAGUUAUUGAACCACUGAACAAGUUCCCAGCUGUUGAACCACUGAACAAGUUCCCAGCUGUUGAACCACUGAACAAGCUCCCAGCUGUUGAACCACUGAACAAGCUCCCAGCUGUUGAACCACUGAACAAGUUCCCAGCUGUUGAACCACUGAACAAGUUCCCAGCUGUUGAACCACUGAACAAGUUCCCAGCUGUUGAACCACUGAACAAGCUCCCAGCUGUUGAACCACUGAACAAGUUCCCAGCUGUUGAACCACUGAACAAGUUCCCAGCUGUUGAACCACUGAACAAGUUCCCAGCUGUUGAACCACUGAACAAGUUCCCAGCUGUUGAACCACUGAACAAGUUCCCAGCUGUUGAACCACUGAACAAGUUCCCAGCUGUUGAACCACUGAACAAGUUCCCAGCUGUUGAACCACUGAACAAGUUCCCAGCUGUUGAACCACUGAACAAGUUCCCAGCUGUUGAACCACUGAACAAGUUCCCAGCUGUUGAACCACUGAACAAGUUCCCAGCUGUUGAACCACUGAACAAGCUCCCAGCUGUUGAACCACUGAACAAGUUCCCAGCUGUUGAACCACUGAACAAGCUCCCAGCUGUUGAACCACUGAACAAGCUCCCAGCUGUUGAACCACUGAACAAGCUCCCAGCUGUUGAACCACUGAACAAGUUCCCAGCUGUUGAACCACUGAACAAGCUCCCAGCUGUUGAACCACUGAACAAGCUCCCAGCUGUUGAACCACUGAACAAGCUCCCAGCUGUUGAACCACUGAACAAGUUCCCAGCUGUUGAACCACUGAACAAGCUCCCAGCUGUUGAACCACUGAACAAGUUCCCAGCUGAUGAACCACUGAACAAGCUCCCAGCUGUAGAACCACUGAACAAGUUCCCAGCUGUUGAACCACUGAACAAGCUCCCAGCUGUUGAACCACUGAACAAGCUCCCAGCAGUUGAACCACUGAACAAGCUCCCAAUUGUUGAACCACUGAACAAGCUCCCAGCAGUUGAACCACUGAACAAGCUCCCAGCUGUUGAACCACUGAACAAGCUCCCAGCUGCAAGAGAUGAGAGUGAUGACUAG